AUGUCUUCAGACCAACUUCCAGCCUACUCGGCGGUAAAUAGGGAGCAUAUCCCCGACGAUGGAGCGUCUUCACAGAGCGGUUCUUCUGGCACAGUCAAUAUUCAAGGUGAUAAUAUCAGCACUCAGCUUCGCGUAGGCGACGACGGACGCGUGGACAUCGAUAUAAGCAAACGUGAUGCAAGACUUGUAGACCAGCUCGAACAGAUCCGUCUGAAUGCCGUGCAGGAAGAGCCCGAGGAGCCUCCACAGUAUGAGGACGGGAAGGCUCUGGCCGUUCCUCCACUGAACAUCGUCAUUCAAAUUGUCGGUUCAAGAGGAGAUGUUCAGCCAUUCGUUGCACUUGGCCAAGUCUUGAAGAACAACUAUGGACAUCGCAUUCGGCUGGCGACACAUGGAGUUUUCAAGAAAUUCGUCGAGGAGAACGGCUUGGAAUUCUUCGACAUUGGGGGUGACCCGGCCGAAUUGAUGGCAUUCAUGGUCAACAACCCCAGCCUCAUCCCGAGCAUGAAGUCAGUCAAAGCAGGCGACAUAGGCAAACGGCGGAAAGCCAUGGCUGAAAUUAUUCGUGGAUGUUGGAAGUCGUGUUUCGAAAACAUUGACGAGGUCGAUCUCGACCAGGAAAUCGGCACCAUGAAGAAGGCACCAUUCAUCGCGAACGCCAUCAUUGCCAAUCCACCCAGCUUCGCGCACAUUCAUUGUGCGGAGAGACUAGGGAUUCCAUUGCAUCUCAUGUUCACUAUGCCAUGGUCACCAACGCGCGAGUUUCCUCAGCCUAUCGCGAACAUCAGAUCCGGCGGCAAUGGCCCAGGUGCCACAAACGAAAGUAGCUACACAAUUGUCGAGAUGAUGACAUGGCAAGGUCUGGGGGACAUCAUCAACAAGUUCAGAAGAGAUGUCCUGAGCCUGCCGGAGCUUUCGCAACCAGCAGCAGUGACAAUGAUUGAAAGACUUCGGAUUCCCUACACAUACUGCUGGUCACCAGCACUCAUUCCCAAACCAAAAGACUGGGGUCAACAUAUCGACAUUGCAGGCUUUUAUUUCCUCUCUCUGGCCACAAACUACCAUCCUCCAGCAGAUCUUGCAGAGUUCUUAGCCGCAGGAACACCUCCGGUUUACAUUGGAUUCGGGUCGAUAGUUGUCGAUGAUCCAAAUGCUAUGACGAGCAUGAUAUUCGAGGCGGUCAGGAAAACGGGUCAACGAGCAUUAGUAUCUAAAGGAUGGGGUGGUAUUGGAGGUGAUGACCUCGAAACCCCUCCUGGUGUGUUCAUGCUUGGGAAUUGCCCACACGAUUGGCUGUUCAAACACGUUUCAUGCGUAGUGCACCAUGGUGGUGCUGGGACUACAGCUGCAGGAAUUGCGCUGGGCCGGCCUACCGUCAUUGUUCCAUUCUUUGGGGACCAGCCCUUCUGGGGCGCCAUGGUGGCACGUGCUGGCGCCGGACCAGAACCUAUACCAUACAAGAAGCUCACAUCGGAAGGGCUUGCCGAGGCAAUACUGAGCGCAAUAAAACCGGAGACUUUGCAGCGUGCAAGAGAGCUUGGAGAAAGGAUAGAGGCAGAGAGGGGUACUGAAGCUGGUGCCGCCAGCUUUCAUAAGCAGAUAAAGAUCGAUCGCCUACGUUGUCAGCUUACGCCGAAUCGAACCGCGGUGUGGAGGGUCAAAACGAAAGACGGAGAGGAAGAUGUUCAUUUGAGUGCAUUCGCCGCCACGGUUUUGAGUGAGGAGGGCAUCCUCGACUUGAAUCGAUUGAAGCUCUACCAGCCCUGCAAAUGGACUCCGGAGGAGCUAAUCAGAUCGGCCAACGUGAGCCGCGCAAACCCCGUCAUGACCUUAGUUGGCACUGUGGCUUCCGAUGCGAUCAAUACACCCGUUGAACUCGUCAAAGCAUGGGGCAACGUCGUGAAGAAGCCAUACAAAGGCGCCAAAAGAGGCGGCUGGAAAGGGUUUGGGCUAGGCUUGAAAACAGGCGUGGGGGGCAUUCUCUUCCCUCGAAAAGGGGUGUCGGUGACUAGGUAUGCCUUCCGUGCCCUUUACGAGAACAUUAGGAGCAAGAUGGACUCAGAGGCUGUAAGCUACGCUCUUGCGGCACACUACACUGAAGGGAUUGAGCAGAUGAAAGCCUCGGCCGAACCAGAGCGGGCAGUUGUGAUCCAAAGAUGGCGCGACCUUUCUCCCAAUCUGGUAUGA